AUGGAAGGACAAGCACAAUCAGACUCGCAAGGAUCAGAAGAGCUCUGUGAAGUACAUAUAACCACUGACCAACGCGUAUUGAAUCACCAUUCUGAUAGUUCACAAUCUUUAAUAGAUCACGAAAUGUCUUCUAUCAACCGAAUAACACAAGAGCAACAGAUUAUUGUCAAUUAUGGAUCAUGUGUCAUGUGUAAUAUUAACGAACGAUGUGUUCUCUUUGUUGGAUGUAAUCAUUUAGCAUGUUGUGACCAAUGUUCAACAACUUGUAACGACACCUGUCCGGUUCGAAAUUGCAACAAGCCAAUCAAAGAACGUUUGCAUGUUUUCAAACCGUGA